UACCUUGGGAGGACUCCUGGCGCUGCGAGGAGGCAGAUAAGAGCCCUGAAUGGAGCUGAUGUCACGGUGAUGUCAGGUCUCCGGCCUCCCCCUGGGAAGAGGAGGAAGCCGGAGAGCCAGGGACAGUCGAGGGAGGCGGGUCCACGAGGCUCAUAGUCCAGGGUUCCCCUGGCCGCGCCACUGUGCGCUGUGCGCUCUGCACCGUGCGCCCUGCUCCGUGCGCCCUGCGCCUCCAGGCCGCUCCAGCGUCCCAAAUGGGAUUAGGCUCGAGAGGCGGGAUGGCCUCGCUCACCGGUCUGUGGCUUCUCCUCCUUCUCCUCCCCGGAAGCGGGGCCCAGACGCCAGCCCCUCCCGGCUGCGGCCCGGACCUGGACCCCAUCUACUACAACCUGUGUGAUCGGUCCGGGGCCUGGGGCAUCGUCCUGGAGGCGGUGGCCGGGGCCGGCAUCGUCUCCUCCUUCGUCCUCACCAUCAUUCUGGUGGCCAGCUUCCCCUUCGUGCAGGACGGCAGGAAGAGGAGCCUGCUGGGGACCCAGGCCUUCUUCCUCCUGGGGACCCUGGGCCUCUUCUGCCUGGUUUUCGCCUGCGUGGUCAAGCCCAACUUCUCCACCUGCGCCUCGCGGCGCUUCCUCUUUGGGGUCCUCUUCGGGAUCUGCUUCUCCUGCCUGGUGGCCCACGUCUUCGCCCUCAACCUCCUGGCGAGGAAGAACCACGGCCCCCGGGGCUGGGUGACUUUCGCGGUGGCCCUCCUACUGGCCGCGGUGGAGGUGGUCAUCAACACCGAGUGGAUGAUCAUCACCCUGGUCCGGGGCGGGGGGCCGGCCAGCCAUCCCAGUAACGGCAGCGGGGUCGGGGCCACCUCCUGCGACGUGGCCAACGCCGACUUCGUCAUGGCGCUCAUCUAUGUGAUGCUCCUUCUGCUGGUGGCCUUCGUCGGGGCCUGGCCACCCCUCUGCGGCAGCUUCAAGCGCUGGCGGAAGCACGGCCUCUUCCUCCUGCUGACCACCGCCGCGUCCGUCUCCAUCUGGGUGGUCUGGAUCGUCAUGUACACCUACGGGAACGAGCGGCGAGCCGGCCCCACCUGGGACGACCCCACGCUGGCCAUCGCCCUGGCCGCCAACGCCUGGACCUUCCUCUUCUUCUACGUCAUCCCCGAGGUCUCCCAGGUGACCAAGUCCAGCCCUGAGCAGAGUUACCACGGGGACGGCUAUCCCACCCGUGGAGUGGGCUAUGAGACCAUUCUCAAAGAGCAGAAGGCCCAGAGCAUGUUUGUGGAAAACAAGGCUUUCUCCAUGGACGAGCCUUCCUCCGCCAAGAAGCCUGUGUCUCCCUACAGCGGAUAUAAUGGACAGAUGCUGACCAGUGUGUACCAGCCCACGGAGAUGGCCCUGAUGCAUAAAGGCCCCUCGGAAGGGCCCUACGACGUCAUCCUCCCCCGGGCCACCGCCAACAGCCAGGUGAUGGGCAGUGCCAACUCCACCCUGCGAGCCGAAGACGUGUUUGCCGCCCAGAGCCGCCAGGCCCCGGGGCCGCACAAGGACAAGAAUCUGCAGGUCUAUACCAACCCUUAUGUUUGGGACUGAGCCCACCGCCUGGACGAGCGAAGCAGCCGGGAGGGGCGAGCCCUGGCCUGGGACUCCUGGGUUCUCUCCACCGCCUACUCACUGGACAGCCUUGAGGGGAAUCUAUCGGCAUAGCCCCCCGUGCCUCAAUUUCCCCUCUGCCUGCUGAAGGGUGGGUGAGAGUUCCAGACUCCUCCCUGCUUCACAGUGUUUUGAGUAUAAGGAGCUCGCUCUGGGGGCCACGUUGAGAGAAACUCGGAGCAUCACGUGAACAGACAUUGGGGGUUUCCUCCUCGUUACCGCUGGUCCCGCCCUCCAUCCGGCUUGGAGGAGCCGCCGAGCUGAUUUGCCGGAGGCCCUUGGAGCCGACGACACCGACUAUUCCGAGCCUUGCUCCUCUGUGAGGAACAGGGGAGUCUAAAUAAAAUGCGUUAUUGCUUUAUA